UAUUUUAGUGCUUCACUGUCCCCUAUAUAAUCACCAUGCAUAAAGAAACCAAAAACAUUCCCCACUUUGCUUUAUUAUUAAUAAUUAUUUCUCUUUAAACAAAAUAACACCUGCUUUUUCCAUUUGCUUUUGAUUCUUCUUCUUCAUAUUAUUAUUAUUAUUAUUUGCAUCAAUGGAAUCUGCAGGUGAGCUUUCUUACAUGGAAAGUGGAGAGUCUAAUAAAGAUUUGAUGGACAAAGAAACAUGUAAUGACAACAGUGGAGUUAUUAGGACAGCACAAAACAGGUCGAAUUCGUUUAUGCGUAAGAAAUCCGACCCGAUGUUGGUUUCAACGAUCCGGUUUCGGAUGCUCAGGCAGUUCUUGGCAAAUCUGCAAGAAGUGAUUUUAGGGACAAAGCUUGCUGUUCUCUUCCCUGCCGUCCCUUUAGCCAUUGCUGCUGAUUAUUAUAAGUUUGGAAGACCAUGGAUAUUUGCUUUGAGUUUGCUUGGACUUACACCCCUUGCUGAGCGUGUCAGCUUCCUCACUGAACAAAUCGCAUACUAUACAGGUCCAACAGUUGGAGGGCUGCUGAAUGCAACUUGUGGAAACGCAACAGAGCUGAUCAUAGCAUUAUUUGCACUUUACCAAAACAAAAUCCAUGUCCUCAAGUACUCGCUCUUGGGUUCCGUUCUCUCAAAUCUUCUCCUUGUUCUUGGCACUUCUCUCCUCUGUGGUGGCUUAGCUAAUCUCAAGAAAGAGCAAAGAUAUGAUAGAAAACAAGCUGAUGUGAACUCUGGUUUGCUGCUUCUGGGACUGCUAUGCCAUAUGCUGCCAUUGAUGUUCAGAUACGCAGCACGGCCUAGUGGGAUUUCGAUUGCCGAAUCUACACUGGAGUUAUCGAGAGCGAGUAGCGUGGUUAUGCUCGUGGCUUAUAUCGGAUAUAUCAUCUUCCAGCUUAAAACUCAUAGACAGAUUUUCGACGCUCAAGGGGAUGGUGAGGAUGAAGAUGAGGAAAAACCAGUGAUAGGGUUUUGGAGUGGAUUUAGCUGGUUGGUUGGUAUGACACUCAUUAUAGCUUUGCUAUCUGAGUAUGUAGUGGGAACAGUGGAGGCUGCAUCAGAUACUUGGGGAAUUUCCAUUAGCUUUAUCAGCAUGAUUUUGAUACCUAUUGUGGGGAAUGCGGCUGAACAUGCUGGAGCUAUCAUUUUCGCUUUCAAGAAUAAAUUGGACAUAUCUCUGGGUGUUGCUCUGGGUUCUGCAACUCAAAUCUCUAUGUUUGCUGUUCCUUUGUGUGUUGUAACUGGGUGGAUUAUGAAAGUUCCAAUGGACCUUGAUUUCAGUCUCCUUGAAACUGGUUGUCUUGCUUUAACAAUACUCGUUGUGGCCUUUACCCUACAGGAUGGAACUUCACAUUACAUGAAAGGAGCAGUUCUUUGCCUUUGUUACAUAGUCAUUUCUGCGUGCUUUUUUGUCCAUAAAAUUCCAGUUCCAUUGGAUCAAAGUAAUGCCAACUUGGAAUACAACUCGGCCUAGCCAAGUCUUGAGGAUGUCGAAGUUGCGUUCAUCCUUCUUCUUCAACCCUUGAAAAAUAGUUCACACU